CUGCAUUCCACUGUGAUGGUCCUCAGAGUCCUCAUCCUGCUCCAUUUGAAGAUUGUUCACCCAAGGAGGCCGCAGGGGAGAUUCAACUGGCAGCCGUGUUUGGGUAGAGCUGCAACAGGGAGACGACAGAGGAGAGUUGGAAGCAGGAUGUCUCUCCUCCUGGGUGUCCUCUCUCAGGUCUUCAGCUGGGCCGGCCUCUGUCAGGUCCUGAAAAUGGUUGGUACAGGACUGGUUGCGGUGGUUGCAUUUUGGAUAAUGAGGCUGUUGGUGCAUCACGCCUGGUACACACACAGACUGUCCUGCUUCAGCAAGCCACCUGUAGACUCCUGGCUGAAAGGCCACCUGGGCCAGAUGCAGAGCACAGAGGAAGGUCUCCUCCAGGUGGAUGACCUGGUGUGCACAUACAAACACUCCUGCAGCUGGUUCCUUGGGCCUUUCUAUCACCUAGUCAGAGUCUUCCACCCUGACUAUGUCAAACCUCUACUAAUGGCACCUGCCAGCAUUACAGUGAAAGAUGAGCUUAUCUAUGACCAUCUGCGGCCGUGGCUUGGACAGAGUCUGUUGCUAAGCAACGGGGAGGUGUGGUCUCGCAGGAGGCGACUGCUGACUCCAGCCUUUCAUUUUGAUAUUCUGAAGAACUACGUUGUCACGUUUAACACAUCAGCUAACACCAUGCAUGAUAAAUGGCGCCGCCUGGUGGCAGAGGGCAGGACCAAUCUAGAGAUGUUCGACCAUAUCACUCUGAUGACACUGGACAGUUUACUUAAAUGUGCCUUUAGCUACAACAGCAACUGUCAGGAGUCUACCAGUGAGUACGUGUCAGCCAUAGUGGAGCUCAGUGACCUGAUAAUUGAUCGCCGCCUAAAGAUUUUACACCACUGGGACUGGAUUUACUGGAAAACACAGCAGGGGAAACAAUUCAAAAAGGCCUUGAGUGUUGUACACAGGUUCACCAGGGAAGUGGUUCAGAAGCGGCGUGCCCUCAUUGGCCAACAGAAGGAGACAGAAACAGAUUUCACCAAAGCACCACAGAGAAAGAGAGAUUUUGUGGACAUCAUACUGCUAUCAAAGGAUGAGGACGGACAAGGCCUAACAGAUGAGGAGAUACAGGCAGAGGCCAACACCUUCAUGUUUGCUGGCCACGACACAACAGCCAGUGCGAUUUGCUGGACGCUGUAUAAUUUAGCACGCCAUGCCGAAUAUCAGGAAAGAUGCAGGCAGGAAGUGAUGGAUCUAAUGCAAGGACGAGACAGAGAGGAAAUAGAGUGGGAGGAUCUGGCCAACCUUACCUUCACCACCAUGUGCAUCAGGGAAAGCCUCAGACUCCACUCUCCUGUGCAAGCUGUAACAAGGAAAUACACCCAGGACAUGGCGCUGCCAGGCAAUCGGACCGUACCAGAGGGUACCAUUUGCUUGGUCAGUAUUUACGGAACACACCACAACCCCACUGUCUGGACAAACCCAUAUGAGUUUGAGCCCCUGCGUUUUGACCCAACCAACACAGAAAACCGAUCUUCUCAUGCAUUCAUCCCCUUUUCUUCAGGCCCCAGGAACUGUAUCGGUCAGAAAUUCGCUCUGGCAGAGCUGCGAGUCGUUGUGGCGCUGACCCUGCUCAGGUUUCGUCUGACCCUGGGGGUGAACCCUGAACUCGGGUCCAGCUCUGGAGGCGUUCGCCGUCUCCCCCAGCUCGUCCUGCGUGCUGAGGGAGGCCUGUGGCUGCAGCUGGAGCCUCUGACCCCACCCAACAUGGAGGAACCACAGGCUGAAUGAUCCAACAACAUGACAUGUUGACCUGUUUUAUAAUAUAACAACAAAAACCCAAAAUAUUAUAAGUUUAUUACUGUUCUUGUCGCUGUAUUUAUGCCUACUGUAAUGUUUCUCAAUGCAUUUGCAACCUUUGUUUUCGACAAAGUUCUUUGUUUGGCUACAUGAUUCUUUUAUUAUCAAUUUAAAAAUUAACAUAAUACAAUUUAAUGAUGUAUUAAUAAAAUACUUAAUUUACAGUUGAAACAUUUAUUAUUGUUGUGCUGUUUGGUUUAAAUAAAUCCUGACUUUGAAAAAAACUCUUCCACACUAAAAGAGACUUCUGAAGUAAAGCUAAUUGGCUCCAGGUUGUUGUUAUCUGUAGGGCCUGGGCUAGAUAAGGGUCUGAGCAAGUUAGACCUGGAAAAUCAAGGGCUAAAAUAUCUUAUCCAUGCAUUACUCUAUAGAUAAAGCAUAGAAAAUAAAUGAAAUUACUCAGUUUGGCUCUGCAGGUAGUUUCUUCCACCUCAUGCCUUGGUUUCUGCUCUUAUAUGCAAUGCCACCCACGAGGCCUCAGGUAGAGAGGUUUGUGCCUUUCCAAUUCAUGUCCAAAGUUGAAUUUACCACAGCAGGACUCUCAAGGUGCAGAAACAUCUUAACUAUCAAAAGAAAUUGUAGGCAC